GAUGCGUCAGAAGCAUUGAUGGUUGUCAACAAUUAGGAGAUUUUUGCGAUGGCGGUUUACGAUGCUGUUCUCCUUUGACAUGCAGAAGUGACCGAUGUAUUAUUGAAUCUAGUCCAUAGUUCAAAAUAGAAAAUUAUAUGAAAUAUUGCAUAUUUUUGCUUCUGUCCAUUGGACUUUUUGUCGUGAAUGGUCAAGAAUGCUCGGAGGAUGGGCAACAGUGCGAAAAUAAUCGACAAUGUUGUCGAAAUCUGCGAUGCAAUGAAAGAAGUAAUACCUGUGAAAGAAGAGACGAUGGCGAUGACUGCCGAAGAGAGGGGCGCCGCUGCGAAAAUAAUCGACAAUGUUGUCGAGAUCUGCGAUGCAAUGAAAGAAGCAAUAGAUGUGAAAGAAGAGAUGAUGGUGAUGACUGCCGAAGAGAAGGACGCAGAUGCGACAAUAAUCGCCAAUGUUGUCGAGAUUUGCGAUGCAAUGAAAGGAACAAUAGAUGCGAAAAAAGAGAUGAUGGCAAAGAGUGCCGAAGAGAAGGACAUCGAUGUCGUGACGAUCGACAAUGUUGCCGAAAUUUGCGAUGCAACGAAACGAAUCGUAGAUGUGAGGGAAGAGACGAAGAUUGCCGAAGAGAAGGACAACGAUGCCGAAAUCAAAAUUGCUGUCGUCGUUUAACAUGCAAUAACGACCGUUGUGUCCGUGAUGAUUGCCGCUGGUUGGGAGAAAGAUGUGAGGAUAACAGGCAAUGCUGCACACUUUUGAGGUGCGAUCGUCGUCAAAGGCGUUGUGCAUGAAAAAAAAAAAUUUCUUCUUAACGAAAAUAUUUAUAAAACUAGUUUCUAUGAAAUUAAGAGUUUUAUUAUUUUU